GGUUAGCUGCCCUGCUUUUUCGGCGAGGACGCGCAGCUGCACACACAGGAGCUCCGGACGAGCGGAGUCUGGCCCUUCUGCCUCCUCGGCCUCAGCCCCGAGACACGACACACACACACACAUAAAUACACACACACACGCUCAGAAAAGACCCCCUCACGCGCUCCCUGAGACCCCCAGGAGGGUUAAAAGGUCACCAAACUAAAGCCUUGUCUGUUUUACCUGAGAAAAGUGGUGAAAAGGGAUAAAAAAGAGACGGAAAGAUGAUGGCCGUAGAGACGCAGGCUCAGUACAACAGUACGUACACCAUGUCGGCGGAAGAAUACAUGAUCCAGGAGGAUGACUGGGACCGGGACCUGCUCCUGGACCCCGCCUGGGAGAAGCAGCAGAGGAAGACUUUCACAGCCUGGUGUAACUCUCACCUGAGGAAGGCUGGCACUCAGAUUGAGAACAUUGAGGAGGAUUUCAGAAAUGGCCUUAAGCUCAUGCUGCUGCUGGAGGUCAUCUCAGGUGAAAGGCUGCCCAAGCCAGACAAAGGCAAGAUGCGUUUCCACAAAAUCGCCAACGUCAACAAGGCUCUGGACUUCAUCUGCAGCAAGGGAGUCAAGCUGGUGUCCAUUGGGGCUGAGGAGAUUGUUGAUGGUAAUGUGAAGAUGACCCUUGGAAUGAUCUGGACCAUCAUCCUGCGUUUUGCGAUCCAGGACAUCUCUGUAGAAGAGACUUCUGCUAAGGAGGGUCUGUUGCUGUGGUGUCAGAGGAAGACUGCCCCCUACAGGAAUGUUAAUGUACAGAACUUCCAUAUCAGUUGGAAGGAUGGCCUUGCUCUGUGUGCCCUCAUCCACAGGCACAGACCUGACCUGAUUGACUACGCCAAACUGAGAAAGGACGACCCCAUUGGUAACCUGAACACAGCUUUUGAAGUGGCUGAGAAGUACCUGGACAUCCCCAAAAUGCUGGACGCUGAAGACAUUGUGAACACCCCAAAGCCUGAUGAGAAGGCCAUCAUGACCUAUGUGUCCUGCUUCUACCACGCCUUUGCUGGGGCUGAGCAGGCCGAGACGGCUGCUAACAGGAUCUGUAAGGUUCUGGCAGUCAACCAGGAGAACGAGCGGCUGAUGGAGGAGUAUGAGAAGCUGGCCAGUGAGCUGCUGGAGUGGAUCCGGCGCACUAUCCCCUGGCUGGAGAACCGUGUGGCGGAGCAGACCAUGCGGGCCAUGCAGCAGAAGCUGGAGGACUUCAGGGACUACCGUCGUGUUCACAAGCCCCCACGCGUACAGGAGAAGUGCCAGCUGGAGAUCAACUUCAACACUCUGCAGACCAAACUGAGACUCAGCAACAGGCCUGCAUUUAUGCCCUCCGAGGGCAAGAUGGUGUCGGACAUUGCCAAUGCGUGGAAAGGUUUGGAGCAGGUGGAGAAGGGCUAUGAGGAGUGGCUGCUGACUGAGAUCCGCCGGCUGGAGAGGCUGGACCACCUGGCUGAGAAGUUCAAGCAGAAGUGUUCUCUGCAUGAGUCCUGGACUACAGGAAAAGAGGAGCUUCUCUCUCAGAAGGAUUAUGAGUCAGCGUCUCUGAUGGAGAUCAGAGCUCUGAUGAGGAAGCACGAGGCGUUCGAGAGUGACCUCGCUGCCCACCAGGACAGAGUGGAGCAGAUCGCUGCUAUCGCCCAGGAGCUGAAUGAGCUGGAUUACCAUGAUGCUGCUACUGUGAACGCUCGCUGCCAGGGAAUCUGUGACCAGUGGGACAACCUGGGCACCCUCACCCAGAAGAGACGAGAUGCUUUGGAGCGUGUGGAGAAGUUGUGGGAGACUAUUGACCAGCUGUACCUGGAGUUCGCGAAGAGGGCGGCACCUUUCAACAACUGGAUGGAUGGAGCUAUGGAGGAUCUGCAGGAUAUGUUCAUUGUACACAGCAUUGAGGAGAUCCAGAGUCUGAUCACAGCCCAUGACCAGUUCAAGGCCACUCUCCCCGAGGCAGAUAAGGAACGCGUGGCCGUCAUGGGCAUUAUGAACGAGAUCACAAAGAUCGCUCAGACCUACGGAAUCAAACUCUCUGGAAUCAACCCCUACACCAACCUCAGCCCUCAGGACGUCACCAACAAAUGGGAGACGGUGAAGCAGCUGGUGCCCCUCAGAGACCAGAUGCUCCAGGAGGAGGUUGCCAGGCAACAGGCCAAUGAGAGACUGAGAAGACAGUUUGCUGCCCAGGCCAACAUCAUCGGACCCUGGAUCCAAACCAAGAUGGAGGAGAUCGGUCACGUGUCUGUGGACAUUGCCGGCUCUCUGGAGGAACAGAUGAACAACCUGAAGACAUACGAGCAGAACAUCAUUAACUACAAAUCCAACAUCGACAAACUGGAGGGAGACCACCAGCUGAUCCAGGAGGCGCUCAUCUUCGACAACAAGCACACCAACUAUACCAUGGAGCAUAUCCGUGUGGGCUGGGAGCAGUUGCUGACCACCAUCGCUCGCACCAUCAACGAGGUGGAGAACCAGAUCCUGACCCGCGAUGCCAAGGGCAUCAGCCAGGAACAGCUCAACGAGUUCAGAGCCUCCUUCAACCACUUUGACAGGAAGAGAAACGGCAUGAUGGACCCAGACGACUUCCGUGCCUGCCUUAUCUCUAUGGGCUACGAUCUGGGUGAGGUGGAGUUUGCCCGCAUCAUGACCUUGGUGGACCCCAACAACACAGGAGUGGUCACCUUCCAGGCCUUCAUCGACUUCAUGACCCGCGAGACCGCCGAGACAGACACAGCCGAGCAGGUGAUGGCCUCCUUCAAGAUCCUGGCCUCAGACAAGCCUUACAUCACAGUGGACGAGUUGCGCAGAGAGCUCCCCCCGGAGCAGGCCGAGUACUGCAUCAGCCGCAUGACCAAGUACAUCGGGCCAGAAGGAGCACCAGGAGCUCUCGACUACAUCUCCUUCUCCAGUGCCCUCUACGGAGAGAGCGACUUAUAAAUGCACACACUUCUCUCCUCUCCUCCUUUCUCUCUCUCUCUCUCUUUAUUCACUGUCUUCCCUACUCUCUUCUCUCUCUUCUCGCCCUCAACUGUCCUCUUUUUUCCUUCUCUGAAGAGAAUAAUCUCAGUGCCCCCUCCUUCCUGAUUAGAUCUUACCUCCUCUCUCUCCCUCCACCUUUCCCUCAUUUAGUUUAAUGUAUUCUCUUUUUUCCCCUCCCUUCUUCUUUCUCCUCUCUCUGUCUCCGUCUCGUAUGGAAAGAUUGCGCAGCAGAAUCUCUGGAUCUGAUUUAACACCCACAGUGCUAAUGAUGCAGCGCCCACAGCCCCCACUGCACACUGCAGGUGUUCAUUUAAGCAUGGAGAUUUCUGUCUGCCUUCUUUUUCCCCAUUUUUCCCUCCUUCUUUUUCUUUAUAUACCUUGUCUCCCCCUUAAUCUUUCUCUCUCUCGCUCUCUUUAUCUCUAUCUGACUUAAUUGUUAUGUGUGUGUUUACGUGUGUUUGUGUGAGCUAUGAGUCUCCUAUCUGGAGUCCAGAGUUCAAGGAAGAACAGGCGAGGGCACUUUGAAUCUCUGGGAUCUUACACUUACUGCUGUCCAGUUUACACACUUAAUUAAAGAAAUUAUAGAUGCAACCUUAGCCUUAACCACCUCGUAACCUUCUAUACAAUAACUACACUCUUAAAAACAGAGGUGCUUCUAAAAGUUCCUUGAGUGAUGCCAUAGAAGAACCAUGUCUGAGAACAAUGAACCUUUCAAGGCUAGAAAUAUACUUGCUGUUUGGCCAUGUGAAAGCAUAAACUAUUGGAUUUGUUGGAAAUAUAGCAGUUCACACAUCAGCAUGUGUGCUACAUGUGUUACUGGAGGCUUUCAGUAGAAAACUCCACUUGAUACAGCAGUAAUGGUACAUCAUACAGACACAGGUAAUUGCAAACUUGGUCACACACCCUUUUUUUUUUAAGAUUUUUUACCAUGUGAUGAGUAGUAACCCUACAGCUUGUCUUGUGUGUGUGUGUGCUGCAGGAAAUGCAAGGUAGCCAUUAUGUGCACACAAACACAUAGUUAAUGCAUAGCAAGUAUAACUUUAGCCUGAAGGCUGGACAUGGACACUGGACAUGUUGUGCUAUGAUUAUUGGAGAUACUGAGGGGCACUAACCUCUUGAAGCCUAAGUUUAGUAAACUCAACUCAAAAAUCUUGUGGAGUCCAACAGGGUUCUAUUUUAGGGUCUGUAAAACUUUACUCAUUUAAUUAUGAGUAAAGCAAUAAUUAAAGUGAAGCAGUUGUGGGCUUACAAAGUGUUAUCAUCAGGGUUCACUUCCAUGAUUUUUUUCAUGCCUUCAAGGCAAACUUUCAUGACCACGAUCAGUGCAGACAUGGACAAUAAAGCCAAAAAUCAACUAAAAACUAUAAUUUAAACUGAUUAUAGUAAGCCUAAAAUGAAUCAGAUAAAAUGUUGACACACAAUCUUUAAUAAUAAAAUGUGUCAGAUCUUGAGAGCUCCAUUGUGGAGGCUUAAAUUACUGGUCUAAGAGAUUGAGCGUGCUGAAGAUUUCACUAAAGAGGAGUUUAAACACACAGAGACUAGAGUCUAGACUGUUCCUAUGUUCCCGAAGGCCUUAAUUUCCUAGUUUAGGUGUGUGAGAAUAAGGUGAGGUAAACUCUGCAGCGUGGUAGAUCUCCAGAACCAAUAAUGAUCACUGAAAGCCUGAAAGGUCCAAAAAAGCCUUCACUUGAAGAAGAAUCUGAAGCACCUUCAUUUUUAAGAGUGUAUCCCAACAUCAGCUGUCCAUGUGCCUUUAAUAAACACAUGAAGAAACCUGUACUGCAGUUACUCUCCAAAUGUGGAGUGUGGGGCAGACAAAUAUUUUAUUGUAUUAAAGCAAUUAAACUAAAGGUUGGUUGGUUGCCUAUGUUCAUGCCGUGCUUUAAGUCUGUACGUCUACUGUGAAGGACCCACGUUUCCACAUUUACAAAAGACAUGAAGUACACUCCUGCUGUUCAGUGUGCUCUCACUCCGUAAAGCCCUCAUAAAGUCUCAUAAAAAACCUCCCCUGCCUUCCUGUGCCAUUUUCACAGCCUUCCUGUGAAAAAUCUUUAAUGCUUAUAUUUAUAUUUAGACUGUUGAUGUCAUUCUCUUCUCUUCGUUUUUUUGUAUGUGUUGAAUAGCCAUGGAGGUUUGAAGGUCAGGUGUUAAAAUAGUUUGUGUGAAUGUGUGAAAUGGGGGAAAAAAAAAAGAGUGUGCUGGGCCAAGUGUGAGCAGUGAACACGAGUGAGAGAACACACUGACAGAGAAAAGCAGGUUACAGCUAAUUCCAGAUAAAGCCAGGUUUAGUCGCUGUCUGUUUUUGCAGUUCGGCAAAAAAAGCCUCCAGUUAUUGGCAAAUCUGGGUUUGCUUGGCGUUGACCAUGUUUGAACUACUAAAAGAUGCAAUACCAGAGCUUAAGGGAGAACUCCAGUAGAAAAUAGACUUUUGGUGUAGUAAAACAUGAUAAAAAGUACUUACCUUUGAUGUAUAGCACACCUCUGUUCUCCCACAGCGUUCCGAGAUCCAGACAUUUUAACAGUUUGUCCAAACACCCUUCAGACUGGGAAGCUUUUUCCACCGUUAUCCAGCUCAAAGUAGCUCCACACCUCCUUGCCAGAAUCCGGAGAGCCCUGAAAUUUUAAACCAGGCAUUAAUAACUUAAAAAGUGCACUAAGAAGCUAAUUAAAAAACACUGUUUACAACCUAUAACGCUAGCUUCAGCUCCGAGGCAAAUUAUGCCCCGUGUCACCCAGUCUGAGGGGUGUUUGGACAAACUUUUUAAAUUUCUGGGUCUUGGAAUGCUGUGGGAGAACGAAGGUGUGCUCUUCAUCAAAGGUAAGUACUUUUUUUUUUUUAUCAUGUUUUACUACACCAAAAGUAGUACCAAAGUUCGGAGUUCUCCUUUAAACACACCAAUAUCUAGUAGAUUUAAAAUCUGGCCAUGUCAGCAACUUUAAAUCCAAUGCAGUUUUUAUCCUUAUCCAUAUACUUUUCCUUUUUUUUUUUUUUUUGCAUGUUGUCACAGCAAAUCAGCACACUAUACAACUUGUAUUGCUGAUUUUGGCAUUUAUUUUUAAGACUAGCACAUGCCUCCUCCGAUACAUGUGAAGUCAGCCACCACCUCUUUUUGAACUGCUGCUGAUGCAGCAUUGCUGAGUAGCAUCACAGCGCGAACGCUCGGAGGAAAGUGCAGCGACUUCAGUGGUUCUGAUACAUCAGCUCACAGAUGCCUUGUGCUGAUCGACAUCAUCCUUUGGAGUGAUGCAGGGGAAGGGCGUCAUUUACUCCCCCAGAGAGAGCAAGACCAAUUGUGCUCUCACAGAGCUCUGGUAGCCGAUGGCAAGCUACAUAACCAGGAUUCAAACUGACGAUCUCCUGAUUUUUUUUAUUUUUUUCGUGAUAAAAAGAGAAUAGACAGACUUACCGCAUGGUUCUCCUGGUGAAAGAUCUUGCUGAUGACUUCAAUAGCAUAAAUGAUAGAAAGAAGAGCCAUAGAAAGCCAUGUAUGGUCUGGACUGUCUUGUCUCCUUCCUUGCUUUUAAAGUUCUAAAAGUGACAGAAAUAUGUGAUUACAAUGGAUUAGCAUCACAAAAACAUAUGCUUAAACUCAAAUAAAUGUGUAUAUCGAAAGAAACCACAAAUCCAAGUGUAGACUUUAGCACAUAUAGACCAGUUCCUACCUGUAUCUCUCUGUCAUGUGACUCACCUAAAUGUUCAUUGUUUUUUUAAUCUCUCACACAGAAAGAGGGAAUCUAGAAAGUUCUUCAAAACAGAAACUUUUGAGAAAGUAGGGUCUGAUAUCUCCGACCUCAUGCAAGUGGAACUGUAGCAGGCCUAGAGAACCAAGUAACGGUUCAGAAACUGAUAAAAAUGAUGGGAAAAGACCUAAAAUAGUCCUAAUAUGUAGAUCUCAGGAGCCACUCUGUAAGUUUCUCUGAAUGAAUACACACUAAACACCCUACAUAUACGUCCUCUGUUCUCUCCAGUCUUCCACAUUCUGUCUUCUGUGACCUUCUCGUCCUCUAACCCACCACCAGCACCACUUGCUUCCACACAGCCACUGCCAAAAUAUACAAAAAAUGCCCUAAAUAAAGUUCAUAUCAAGUCUGAA